AUGCAGCCAGGGAUCGGUGUUGGAGUUUUUGUCUAUAAUGCCGAAGGCAAAUUCAUCCUAGGCAAGCGACUGGGGAGUAUUGGCGCAGGAACAUGGGCGCUCCCGGGCGGGCACCUUGAAAUUGGCGAGUCAUUUGAAGACUGCGCGGCACGGGAAGUGCUUGAAGAGACGGGCCUGGAUAUCCAAGGUCUGGAGUUCCUGACGGCCACCAACAGCAUCAUGGCGAACGAAGGCAAACACUACGUCACGAUAUUCAUGGGGGCCUAUCUAUCUGACAAGAGUGCACAGCCUCAGUAUUUGACACUCACAAAUCGCAAGCUCCUCGAGCCUGAGAAGUGCGCGGGAUGGGACUGGGUGAACUGGAACGAUCUCCGCGCAGAUGGUGAGAAGGAGAUGGCAUCUAACGAGCUGGGAUCGAAUGAUCGACGGCUUUUCCAACCUAUCCUAGAUUUGAUCCGUCAGCGGCCGAAAUUUCAAGCACAUCCAAACAAGUAG